AUGUCUUGGGCCGGGCCCGACGAGAUCCUCCUCUCCACCUCCCUGGCCGGCUUCUUAGAUAAAAAACUUAUUGUCCUACUACGAGAUGGACGAAAGCUGCUUGGCACUCUCUGCUCAUUCGAUCAGUUUGCAAAUGUUGUUCUUCAGGGUGCUUGUGAACGAGUAAUUGUGGGCGAAUUAUAUUGUGAUGUUCCUCUUGGUUUAUAUGUGAUCCGCGGAGAGAAUGUUGUAUUAAUUGGAGAACUGGAUCGCGAGAAGGACGAACUCCCUAGUCACAUGACUUGUGUUUCAGAGGCUGAAAUAAGAACGGCCGAGAAAGCCGAAAAGGAAGCAAGGGAUCUGAAAGGCACAAUGAGGAAGAGGAUGGAGUUCCUAGACUUCGAUUAG